GUCAUUCAUUAAAAUCUCCAGUCACUGAGCGAGGGUGCGAACAAAGUCCUUCAGCCAGCAACCUUUUGCGACGAGGUUGCGGUUAUUCAUCUAUUUUUUGUUUGUUUCCGUAUUGGCCCCUUUACUUAAAAAAUAUCUCAACAAUAGAUCUUACGAAUGACUUUACAAGCUACUAUAGCAUUUAGCAAGCUAACUAGCUAGUUGUAUUACGGCCAACUGCUGCUGUUCUGCACGCAGCUCCUGCUGCAAUCUGCACCGGUUGCUUGCUAAAAUAAUAUCUGCAUUGUUUUCCUGCUUGAAGAAAUUCCUGCAACCUCAAAUUCUGACGGAAGUUGAAUGACUGAUUUCUGGUGUAUUUUUAUUUCGGUGUAUCCUCCGUUGGUUGCCUUGGUAUACAGCAAACACGUUUUUUCUUUUUGCAAAUUGAAAAGGAAACGGAUAAGUUACCGUUUUGCAUAGUUAGCUAGCUAACCAGCUAGUUAGCUGCGUGCAUUUUUGUGUGCAAAAGGAGAGUUUUUAGUGCUGUUAAUAUCAGAAGGCGCAUUCAGGUCAAUGUCCAGAGGUACCGGAAAGAAGAAAAAGCCUGCAUUGAGGAUCCCAGAUGAGGUCUUCAAGCAAAAAGAGCCCAACCCCGUCCCCCCCCGAAACCUGGACUCCAGGACCUUCAUUACCAUCGGAGACAAGAAUUUCGAGGUGCAGGCAGAUGACCUGGUGUCACUGUCAGAGCUGGGCAGGGGGGCGUACGGCGUGGUGGAGAGGGUACGGCACGCCCAGAGCGGAACCAUCAUGGCCGUCAAGAGGAUAAGAGCCACAGUCAACAGUCAGGAGCAGAAGAGGUUACUGAUGGACCUGGACAUCUCUAUGAGGACCGUAGACUGCCCAUACACAGUCACCUUCUAUGGAGCUCUCUUCAGAGAGGGCGAUGUGUGGAUUUGCAUGGAGCUGAUGGAUACUUCGCUGGAUAAGUUCUACAGAAAAGUGAUUGAGAAAGGGAAGAUUAUUCCUGAGGACAUCCUAGGAAAGAUAACCGUGUCGAUUGUCAAAGCAUUAGAGCACUUGCACAGUAAGCUGUCUGUAAUUCAUAGAGAUGUAAAGCCCUCUAAUGUACUCAUAAACAAAGAGGGACACGUGAAGAUGUGUGACUUCGGCAUCAGUGGCUACCUGGUGGACUCUGUGGCUAAGACGCUGGACGCUGGCUGCAAGCCCUACAUGGCUCCAGAGAGAAUCAACCCUGAGCUGAGCCAGAAUGGCUACAAUGUCAAGUCAGAUGUGUGGAGUUUGGGAAUCACUCUGAUUGAGAUGGCGAUCCUGCGCUUCCCGUACGAGUCGUGGGGCACGCCCUUCCAGCAGCUGAAACAGGUGGUGGAGGAGCCAUCCCCUCAGCUCCCGGCAGACCGCUUCUCCAAGGACUUUGUCGAAUUCACUGCACACUGUUUGAAAAAGAAUCCAGGCGAGAGAUUGAACUACCUUGAACUCAUGGAGCACGCAUUCUUCAAGUCGCACGACGCCAAGGAGACAGACGUAGCUUCUUUUGUGAAGGAGAUUCUUGAUGACGGCCACAACUGACCCAUCUUCCUUCUUUUUUUGUUUUUUUUCUUGUUUUUUUUUGUUUUUCUGUUUGUACCAUAAAAGUGUAAAUUAGCCUCCCAAGAUUUUCAGUGGAAAAGUGUGACUCCUCAUUUGCCAUGAUAAUGAUUUAGAAGCACGGUGGUUUCACUCCCAUUAUUUACAGUAUUUGUUAGUUGUUUUAUAAGAUAGGUUAAGAUAUUUACUUGCUGUUUGGUAUACAGAGACUUAAGAAAUGGCUCUGAUUGGUUCACACCAGACAAAACCGGUAUAAUUUUGUUAUUGUUUGCUCAUGAGAAAUACAGUGUUGAAAUUUGGAUUUAAAAAAAAAAAAAAAAAAAAAAAAAACCUCCUUGGUCCUUGACAUCCAUGACAGAGAUGACAACUCUUAAGACGAAAGCUAUGCUACUGGCCCAUACAUGCAGCGCAUGCGUCGUCUGUGUCCGCUCGCAGGCUAAUCCGUGUGUACCGAACACCACCAUAAGCUUCGGAGGGGCUGCUUUACUGUUCUGUCUGUAUUGUGUAUAUAUGGCAGUGAAUUUCUUGCUGAAUGUAUUCAAAAUGGGUGUGUGGGAUAAGGUUUUCAGAGUCAGUUUAAAGCUUGUGUUUAUUUAUUUUACUUACCUGUUUUUGGUUCGGGGAAAAAAGCACUAUCUUGCAUCUCGGUUGAUACAGCUACUCGUAAAAGGUGUAGAAAUGUGAAAUUGUCCUUACGCAGUGCAGUCUCCAUUUUUCAGCAUUUCUUGUUGUCCUAUAUAUACGACUUGCUCUUCUUCGAUUAGCCUGUUGCUGGCUGUCACGCUGAACUGGAAUUGAGUUGGAAACGUGCGUUGAUCGUAGCCUUUUUUGUUUAGCGUAUGGAGGGUUACGGAAACGGGAACGCAAAUUUCGAAUUUUGACGGGAAAUUAAAAGAAAGGUUCAUCUUCUAGUCUCAAGUGCCUCUGACAUUGCGAAUGGAAAAACUGUACAUGCCCUAGCAAAAACCUUGAGGCCAAUGCGGUCUCAUACGGUCGGUUUUCUCUCACGUUCAUAGCAGAUCUCAACAGUGUCUUAUUCUUUAUCUUAGACAGACAGACAGGCAGGCAGAAGUGGUGAGAUGACCUAUAGUACCCUAUAUUUUCUACAGAAGCUAUUCUGGAAUGUUCUCUCGGAUCCCCCCUGCUCUGCUUAACGAGCCACACGUUGGCACACGAGCGUUUUCAGCUGUGCCCUAGCGCCACGGGUCGUUCAUCCGCUUUAGUUUUCCGAGUGCGUUAGAUAUAGCCUGUCUGUUCAUUUUAUUUGGAAGUGACAUUUCUAUAAUGGCACGAUGCGGUCUCCCCCCUGUUGCACUACGAAUCCUUUUUCUCGGAGCUUCAGUGUCGAGGAACGCGGUGUUCUCCCGCGCGCCGCGUAGCUCGGCUCGACUCGCCCGUCUGGACUCUGAACCGCGUUGCCAAAAACGCUCACCCUUCACCGUUGGCGAAAUUUCCCCGAAGCAGGGACGCGCACGGUGCCUAGGGGUGGGCAGUGGUUCGGGGAAAAUAUGUAGGGUGUGUCACGCAGACGGGCAGGGAGGGAAAGGAAUUAAACGAGUUACAGUGCAUUCUAGACCGCAGGGCCACUGUGAUGCAGUGAUGAAUAUUUUACGCUUUCAGCAGAAUCUCUGUUGCUGCGAGACGAUGUGAUCUGAUCUGGGGACAAAGGGGGCAUUCUUGGGGUGUGGGGU